GGCCAACCAUGCAACUGCGAAGCCAGAUUGUCGACUGCAGUCAUUGAACCAGCCCACUCCGCUCGCAUCCACCGAUUUUCUGCUGCCCGUGAAGCACAGCGCAGGUCGCUUCACCAUGGCAAUCAAUUAUCUUAUUCUGCUCUCUCGGCAGGGCAAAGUGCGCCUGGCCAAAUGGUUCACCACCUUGUCCCCGAAGGACAAGGCGAAGAUAGUCAAAGACGUCUCGCAGCUCGUCCUUGCCAGACGGACCCGCAUGUGCAACUUUCUCGAAUACAAGGACACAAAGAUCGUCUACCGUAGAUAUGCCUCGCUCUUUUUCAUUGCCGGUUGCUCCUCCGAUGACAACGAGUUGAUUACGCUUGAAAUCAUCCACCGAUACGUCGAGCAGAUGGACAAGUACUACGGCAACGUCUGCGAGCUCGAUAUCAUCUUCUCUUUCACCAAGGCCUACUAUAUUCUGGAUGAGCUGUUGCUGGCAGGGGAGCUGCAGGAGAGCAGCAAAAAGAACGUUCUGCGCUGCAUAUCGCAGCAGGACGCUCUCGAAGACAUGGAGGUUGAGGACGAAGUCACGAAGAUCAUGUAGAGGAGCAGCUCGCUGCAUCCCUAUUGAUUCUCUUCUCCUCUUACGGCGACGAAUUGUCGGGCACUGCGGCAGGACGGUGACUUAUCGCUGGUGCAAUGACUAAUUCGUUUUACACGCACGACACAGGAGAUGGAAAAGAUCGAAAAAGUACUCAAGGAAGUUGG